CCUUUUCGGGAAAGACUUUCGGUAGCUUCUGCCGAUGAACACCGGCGGGAAUUGGCGAUAGCCGAAGCACUAAUUGCUAGGUACUAAUGUGCACUAUCCGAUCAUCAAGAAAUCAAUCAAGAUGCAAAUCCCAGAAAUCGACCAAGAUGAAUGCCUUGCAUUCCUGUCGAAGCUUGUUCAAAUCAAGAGUUACUCGCAAACAGAUGGAGAAUUGGAAGCGACGGGGUAUAUGGCGGAGGAGAUGAAGAAAAUCGGCCUUGAAUCCGAACUGAUUCCGUUUGACAAUGGCAAACGACAAAAUGCGUUGGGUGUGUGGAGGGGAAAAGGAACAUCUCAGCAGAUAUCGAGAACGCCAAAAUCACUUCUCUUCAACGGCCAUUUGGACACAAAUCCAGUCUCCGAGGGAUGGACGAUAGACCCCUGGGAAGGAAAGAUCGAUGAUAAAUUCAUCUACGGCAUCGGAGUCAGCAACAUGAAGUCUGGUUGCGCCGCAUACUACUGUGCCGUCAAGACUCUCAAAGCAGCUGGCUGGACCCCUCGCGCGGAUGUGAUUCUGACAUAUGUUGUUGGAGAACUUCAAGGAGGCGUCGGAACUGUUGCUUUAAUUGAGCAGGGGAAGAUUAAGGCCGAUUACUUUAUCAAUUGCGAGCCAUCCGACAUCAGAGCCGUGACGAUGCAUGCCGAAGCAUUGACGUUUGAAAUCACUCUGAAAGGUAUCACUCGACAUAUGUCCGCGCGCGAGGAAGCCCAGGAUGCUAUAAUGGCAGCCUGUCGGUUGAUCCCCGAAUUGAAUGAUCUAACAUUCCGAGGUGCUAAAAGUAAAGAUCACGAAAAGUGCAAUCGAUGCCAGGUCGGCAUCGUUCACGGCGCGCUGGGGAAGGAACUUGCAGAAUGGCGACCCGCCCAGGUUGCUGAUGUCUGUAAGCUUGCUGGCAGUGCGCGCUACGCACCUGGCCAAACCCAAGAAGACGUUAUGAAUGAUCUCCGAGCGGUCAUUGAGAAGUGUAUAGAAGACUUCCCCGGCAUGACAUACGAGUUGAAGCAGCGAUUCGAACCCACUAUGCCAGCUUUCGAAGUGUCGCCAGACUCGAAGCUAGUCAAGUCCCUGAACGACGCUUAUUUCCAGAUAAGAAAUGAAGAACAGCCCACUGGGGUUCUGGCCCCGACUUGCUUUUAUGGAUCUGACGCUGGCCAUCUCUACAAGUCUCUUGGUAUGGAAGGGAUCGUAUGUGGGCCGGGUGGCAAGUAUAAUACGCGUCCUGAUGAGGCCGUUGAUAUUCCCGAUUAUUUGGAUUGUAUUCGAAUGUUCAUGAGGGUUAUCGUGGAUAUCUGCGGGUGAAUGUGGAAGGGUUUGUAGGGGUGGUCGGCUAUUUCCGAUCGCUAUGAAAAGGAAUCAUCAGCGAGACAUCAGUAGCGCUAAUAGGGGUCUAAAUAGAGGGGACUUCCCUGAAAAUACCCCAAAAGCACACGGUCCAAGGCACCAGAUCCUCUACUACCAUAUAUGUACCUAGGUAGUGUCACCAAUGGCG